AUGCUUUUGAAACAAGAACCAAUAGAAUAUAACGAUUUUAAUUUCAAUACUGAUGAUGACUUUAAUUUUGAUAUAGAAGAAGAGAUCAAUAAAAUCAUGGCAAUGACUCCUAUGUCGGCGUCACUGGUCUCGGCCUGUUCCCCAGUCGAAACUACUACUAGUAAUAGUACACCAAUAGAACCAGAAACAAAGAUUAAUCUAGAUACAGUCAGUCAUGUUAAGAAUUUGAUGAUUGAUAACUCAAGGACAAUGGGGUUGUAUAGUACUUUGAAGACUACUUACUUGAAGUUAUGUAAGGAAUUCAACUACUUGUUACAAAAAUUUAACGAUAAUGAAAAAAUCAAAAUGGAAUUGAUUCAAGAAAAUGAAGAAUUAAAGAAACUUGUUGCAGAUUUACUUAAAGAAAGAGAAACUGAGAAUACUGUUUUAAAGAAAAAACGAAGACAUGAGUGUUGA